GGUCCCUCGUGUGUAAGUCAUCAGGAGGCGGAAGCGCAGCGGGGGCGGGAAGGUGGUAGAACGCGGCAUUGAGCUUGGUUUGCCGGUCUUUAAGUGGUUGCGCCCCCUUGAAGAACGCGACCAGAAGGCGAGGCGGUCCCGGGCUCUCUAGCCUCGCGGUGAUUGUAAAGUGCAGACCACUUGCCACGGAACAUAGUUGAAACAGAAAAUAGGAAGAUGGCAGCAAACCCUUCAGGACAAGGUUUUCAAAACAAAAAUAGAGUUGCAAUCUUGGCAGAACUGGACAAAGAAAAAAGAAAAUUACUAAUGCAGAACCAAUCUUCAACAAAUCAUCCUGGAGCUAGCAUUGCGCUCUCGAGACCCGCUCUUAACAAGGACUUCCGGGACCACGCUGAGCAGCAGCAUAUUGCAGCCCAGCAGAAGGCGGCUUUGCAGGGUUAUUAAGCUUUUCUACUGAGAGGCUGUUGAUCUACUGAAAACUGCCAGUGACCAAAAUGACAAUUGGAAUUUGAGCCAAAAGUACAUGUGCUUCCACCUCGUGCUAUAACUAACAGGUCUGAAUGAUAAUGAAUGUCAGUCCCUGGUCCCGAGUGAUAUUCUUAUUCUUUGCAGCUUUGGUCCAACAAACCAGUCUGGUCCAUCAGACAGAAAGCAGUUUGACCUGAGAUGCCCAGCCCUUCCAUUCUACCGGAAGGUGAUGAUGUUUUCUUAGACCCUGCUGUCUGCCUCAAUGUCAGGCGAAAGCAACUUUGAAGAGCGAGGGACCUCCCCCCGCUUUUCCCUCUGCCUGGCACGGUCUUCCCCCCUUUACCCAUGUAGCUUUGCUCCCUCAACAGUCUCAAGUCUUUACUUAAAUGUCAUCUUUUAAAUGAUGCCUUCUUGGACCACUGUAUUCAAAAUUUCAUCUCCCUUUAUCAGCAACCUUGCUUAAUUUUUCUCUGGACACUUGGCACCCUCUAACAUAGAAUGUAACUGACUUUCUUAUUUUGUUUAUUGUCUGCCUUCUCCCACUAGAAUAUAAGGGCUGUAAGUGCAAAUACUUGUGUGUGUGUGUGUGUGUGUGUUUUUCACUGAUAUAUACCCCCAGUACUUAGGAUAGUGCCUGGCACAUUAUAACAAGUGUCCAAACAUUUUAAUGAACAAAUGAAAUAAGUCUGACCAUCUAAAGGGAAAACUGGCAUCUUGGUCCUCAGCAUGGACCCUCUCCCCAAGUGAAUGUACACAUAGACAUACACACAAAAAAACCUACGCCUAUAAUCUUAGGGGUUCCUAGACUCCCUGAAACCCAGCCACGGGUGCCAGAUUAAAACUCUUCGGUCAGAAGGAAUUUAGCUGUACCUCUUUGGGUGCUUCUCCAGUGCAGUCUUUUGGAAAUCUUCUCCUUGCCACAGAUGUUAUGACUGUUGGGAGUCUCCCAGGAGAUUCCAGAGCCUUGUAAUAUUGUAGCCAAUACAGUGAGGCUGGCAGCCAUAAUUCUGUUAAGAAAACAGGAGUGUGUGCCAGCCCCUCAUUAUUCAUUACCGAGCUAUUAAUUCAAGUUCUCUUAGGAAAACGUCCAACAGUGAAAAGACAGGCUCUGAGCAGCCGCAAGCUGAAGCACAGCCGGCCCUCUGUCCUGGUGUCCCGGGUUAGCCACUUCUUGGGGCAAAUGCUGAGCUGCCCCCUUUGAACACACCUGGCUCCUUGGGGAUGGGAGUUGCCCUGCAGGGGUGACAGUGACUGGAUCCUGGUCCUGUUCAACGUUGCUAACUCCCGAGGCUGCAGAAUCCAAGAGGACUGGCUGCUCCUUAGAGGAGGAGCUCACAUGUCCAGCGUGCCGGGCAAGAACUGAAGGUUGAGUAAGACUUUCACAAAAGAAAGGGGUGAUGGCAGAGGAGCGGGUGGAAGGAGAGGGCCUCCUGGGCAGAGGGGAGGAGCAGGCCCAGUGCAGACGCGGGAGUGGGGUAACAGCACGAGCCAGCCUCCACGUGGAGGGUAUGGCGCUUUAUCAGAAGGGCUUUGGAGAGCCAUGGGUGGGUAAUGAUAGAAUAAGGUGUGCAUUUAGUGAGAUUUUCCCAGGAAGCAGUGGAGGAUAGACUAGUAGAGGCAAGAAGACCACUCAGGUUGCUUUUACGUGAUCCUGGGGCAAGUGGUAUGGGCUGACCAAGCUGGUGGCAGCGAGCAGAAUGGGAAGGGGAGAGAUUCAAGGGUUAUUAAGGCAGGUAGAAUUAUCCAAUGAUGGAAACACAAUGGAGGAUGAGAGAGGAAUGGGGGGAGAGGGAGGAUGGAGGUCAUGGAAAAUGUCAGGUUUCUGGCUUGGGCAACACAGUGGAUACAAGCGCCAUUACCUUAGGAAGAAAUACGGGUGGGACCUGGGUCGAGGAGCCUUUCUCAGCGGCGGCUCCACUAGAGAAUUAAGCACUGCUGCCCUAAGGCCUCCACCGUCUGGAAGGAAUGAGCAUCUCUCCCCUGAUCUAGAAUGGCACUAGUUCUCAGGAGAACUGAGAAAACAGGCACUCGGGUUGCAUUCUGCAUUCUGUGGUUCAGACAAAGAGCCCCGGUUGAAAAAGUUUUCGAUAACGUAGGUCUGCUUAUGCUCAGGCCAUGGGAGGGGAUGAAAUCGCCCUGACAAAGUGUAUAAAAUUGAAUCAGUAUAAAUGACAGAGUCAAGGGACGAGGUGCCUGAGAAUCUAGCGACGCAUCGAAAAAAUCAGGAGAUAGUGACACCUUAAGUCCUCAUGGAAGCCAAGGAGAAGGUAACUUCAGACAGAAGAGGUUGGCCAAGCUGUUUCCCACAGUGGAUGGCUGCACCACUGGUGACGCUAGAGAGGAUUCUUGGGGUACAUGUGGGCAAACACUUUUAACUUUAGUAGUUAUGUAUUGUUAUCUCUAUGUACUGCAAGUAAUCCAGCAUUUAUGUAGUAAUAUAAAUAACCAUAGCUAACAGUUAAUAUUUUUUGACAGUUACUAGGUACUGGCCAUUGUUCUAAGUGCUGUAUAUGUGUUAAUAUUCUUACUUAAUCCUCACCACAAUCCUACAAGCUAGAUAUUGUUAUCCCCUUUUUAAAGAUGAAGAAAUUGAGGCACAGAGAGGUCAAAUAACUUGCCCAAGGUCACAGAACUAGUAAGAGGCAGAACUGGAAUUUGAACCUGAGGGGUUUGACUCCAGGAACCCUGCUUUUAAAAAAAGGAUUUAUUUCUGGCUUACUCAAGUAAAAGAGAAGGACCAAUUUCAAGAAAAUAGCAAAUAAGUAAUAGAACAAGUGGACUCAACUAUCACAAAAUUGUUAAGGAGGGACACGAAUGACUGACACUUGGGAAACAGUGCCCUGGCUGCAUUGUUACAUUGAGGAGAAAUGCAUGAUAGUGAGCUGUACACAGUCUGUACACGUCCUGAGACUACAGGACAAAAGGAAACAUCUAGAUAAUGCUGUUCCCUGCCUAUGGGGAGGUCGAGUUGCAUCCUUUCAAUUCUGGGCCAUUAUCCUAGGGACAGAAACAACAAACCACAAAUAUCGUAUUAACUGUUAUCUGUCAAAAAUGCUAUUUGUUAUCGGUGGGCGUUAGAUUCUUUAAUAAUGUCUUGAAAGAUUCACUGGGUUUUUCAAAUGACCAAACUCUUACACAUUAUCACCAUACUUAAGUGUAUUAGAAAUGUGCUAAAUUACUUCCAUGACUGCAUUUUGAACAUUUCAACAGCUGAGUACAUUGUAAAUACUCCGGCAGGAAUUUUGAUUUCUCAUCCUUAUUUCUUUGGGAUCCCAUGAGUAAUACAGAAGCUUGUUUAUUGCUGAAAUAUAUCUUGCUUAAUGUCUUUCAUGUCUGUCCCUGGUGUCUUACCAGCAAAAAUGGUGGUGAAAAUGAUCCUAAGCAGAGGAAGAAAUCAAACAGGGAAACCGAAAGAAGAAACAGAAAAGGGAAUGUACUGGGGAAGGAAGAUGGGCUGCACACCUUCUGGGGCUCCAGUCCUAAUCUGGGAGAGGGCAAGAAAAAGGAGAUGGAACAGACUGAAACAAGCCAAAAGGUAUUGUUCCUGAGAGAUGCCCUCAGGCACUGGGAAAGAAUGUCUUGACACCUAAGGGAGAGUGGGCAGGCACCAGGCCAUUGACGCCUCUAGCUCUGUCUACCCUACCUAAUACACCCUUGCUGGUCCUUG